AUAAUAUGAUAAACCUCAGUCAGCCACUCACAGCCGUUAGGGACAAACGUGUUAAUUAAUCCCGCUGUGUUUUGUUUAAACAUGGGUGUGAUAACGUAUAUAAAACGACUUGCUAUAGCAAACGCAUUGACGCUGUAUUAUACUGCAGCUAUUAUUUUCUAUAUGUUGGUGACGUACUUGAAGAACCCCUUCAGGAAUCCAUGGGCUAAUAAGCAGAGGCUGGUACCACCGGCUAGGUUGUCUGAUCCGAAGUACGGUGUUCAUAAAUAUAUUAAAGUUAACAAUGUGAAGCUCCAUUAUGUAGAAAACGGAGAUCCCUCAAAACCUUUAAUGGUAUUCUUGCAUGGAUUCCCUGAAUUUUGGUAUUCAUGGCGGUAUCAAUUGCUCGAAUUUAAAAAAGAUUAUUGGUGUGUAGCAGUUGACAUGAGAGGGUACGGGGACUCCGAAAGACCAGAUGGUGUCUCUUCGUAUAAUAUCCAAACAAUGGCGGAAGAUAUACGGGACCUCCUUCGCCAAUUAGGUCGAGAGACGUUCAUUUUGGUUUCUCACGACUGGGGUGGCAUAGUAGCAACCAGGUUUCGGGACAACUACCCGGAAACCCUACAAGCACUCGUUGUAUUGAGUAGUACAGCGCAUGAGGCAUGGCUUGAUGCUAUAUGGAAUGAUGAUGAACAACGAAAGUUAUCUUGGUAUGUUUUCUUGUACCGUAUGAGAGUGAUUCCAGAACUUAUGAUACAAAUGAAUAAUUUAGAAUUGCUGGACAAGGUCAUGAUUGUUGAAGGAAAGCCGACUGUUGAUAGUGAAGAUUUGGAAUGCUACAAAUAUUGGUUCGGCAAACAAUAUGCUCUAACACCCCCGAUCAAUUACUACAGAGCUGCUAUUGAUUACAUUGAUGUUGAAUUGAAGCAACACGAUGAAAACGUUCCUUUCCUAUUUGCACAUGGGACAAAUGAACGUUACUUAGGUAAAAAAAUAAUGGAAACCAUGAAGAAACUCUACAAAACAAUUGAAACAACUAAAGUUCAAGAUAGUGGCCAUUUUAUGCAGCAAGAAGACCCGGAAAAAGUAAACAGACUUAUUAGAACAUUUUUGCAAAAGCAAAAUCUGUAAUUAAGUUGGUCUAUGAAAAUAUUUGUUCAUUCCUCUCUCGUUUAAUAUUAAUAGUAGAUUUUUAUAUUUUGUUAUUAUCUUAAUUCCUUACGAGAGUACCGUAAUUAUUAAAGAUCAAUAAUUUUAAAAAAAUAUCUUUAAAAAAUAUCAUCAUUAAUAUUUAAACAAUUUAAUUUAUUACUUUAUUUUCAAUACCAUCCAUUUUGAUUUUAGUAUGUUUGCUGAACCAAUUUUAACUAAAAUUUUGAUCAAAUAAACAAUAAUUAAGGGUCAUAAUUAUUCUGCGAUAAUGGCGGUCAGGUCAUAUUUUUUUUAGAUUUACAGUAGUGAGUAAUACAAAAUUUUUAUGUAUAAAUUAAAUAAUAAAUUAAUA